UUAGAUUGGUUCGAUGAAAUUUAAAUCCCAUCCAGCCAACCAACCGAAUGCUCAGCCCUAGCCCUGCGUUGUGCAUUGGCGCGGCUCCAGUCGCGAAGCUGACACCAGCAAUGAUGGCGGCCGCGACGACGGUGUUAUGCUACUCUCGACUCCUCGUCUCUCCGCCGUUCGCUCCAACUCUUCUUCUCUCUAGCCGUCCUCCUCCUCCUCUUAUGUUUUACUCCACGCCGUCGUCUAGAGUUUUUCACUGCCACCGGAACUCCGUGCCCCCUUGCUUGAUCACGCGAGUUGACGAGUGCAUCACUGAGGGCUUCUGGGAAGAACCCGAAGACGGAUUUGGAAGCGCAGGAGAUGAAUCCGAGGAUGAGGAGAUUGGUAAGGAACAAAAGGAGACUUCGUGCAGUGGUGGUAGCAAUGCCGACCAUUUCAAAUCCGACUACGACCGGCUCGUUAAAGAGGUGGAGCAGCUGCUGGAGCCAGAAGAAAGAGACAUUUUGCAGCAGAACGAAGUCCCUGAUAUUAGCAAAAUCUCAACUAAGAAAUGGAACCUAUUUCAUUCACUAGGAUUGUCGCUUCAGAUACAUUUGAUGGACAAACUUCUCGAACUCGGUUGGGAUAUUGAUUCUGCUGAUAAGGAUGGCUAUACUGCUCUUCACAAGACAGUGAUGGGAAAAAAGGAGGCUGUUAUCAGCCAUCUUUUAAGAAAAGGUGCAAAUCCUCUUAUUAGGGACCGGAAUGGUGCCACUGCUUUGCAUUAUGCAGUUCAAGCUGGUGCUAUGCAAACUGUGAAGUUGCUGAUCAAGCACAAGGUGGAUGUCAAUGUUGCUGAUAAUGAUGGCUGGACACCGCUCCAUAUUUCUAUGCAGAGUAGAUCCAGGGAUAUUGCAAAAGUUUUAUUAGUUAAUGGUGCUGAUAAAUCAAGAAGAAACAAGGAUGGAAUGACACCUCUCGAUCUCAGCUUGUGCUAUGGGAGGGACUUCAAGUCUUAUGAUCUGGCAAAGCUACUCAAACUUGUUCCUGCAGACAGAGAUUUUUGAAAAGAGUUUGUGUAUUUUUUCACUGCACUCUUGCGGCGAGAUAAAUCAAAUUGUGUAAAUUUAUGUUUAGUUUCUGUUUUCUCAUCUAACAUAAUUUUUGUGUAAAAUUUAUGUUCCUUUUAACAGUUUGAAAGUAAAUAGGA